AUGUAUCACAUUCUCCGAGUGUUAUUGUACAGGUUAUGGGUUGUUUCUACAUUCACUUUGUUCUCUAGUGCUGUUAUAUUCUGGUUUUAUGGGUUUUUUCUAGGACUCACUGUAUUCAGUUUCGGAAUAUCAGGAAUACUGUACAAUGCCCAGGAUCUUCUACUGUACUACCCCAAUGAUCCGCCGGACUCGAGAGUGUUCGUUCUUCAGCCCAGUAACUUUAAGCUACCAUAUGAAAGUAUUAAGAUAAAGAGUAAGGAUGGGUUUAAAAUACACAUGUUUCUAAUAAAGCAAUCUACAAAUAGUAAUCACAGACCAACCAUGAUAUUCUUUCAUGGGAACGCUGGAAACAUGGGUCAGAGGUUGUCAAAUGUUUCCGGGUUUUAUCACAAGCUAAACAUUAAUAUACUGUUAGUGGAGUAUAGAGGGUACGGGCUGUCUGAAGGUUCGCCAUCAGAGCAGGGCCUGUACAUGGACGCGCAGGCUGCUUUUGAUUACAUCAUGGAACGAAACGAUAUUGACAGAACUCAAAUUAUACUCUUUGGCAGAUCUCUUGGGGGCGCCGUAGCAAUAGAUUUGGCGUCACGCUUAGAGUAUAAAAAUAAAGUUUGGGUCUUGAUAGUCGAAAAUACUUUUACGAGCAUACCGGACAUGGCGAAGAUACUACUCAAGUGGAGCUGCUUAAAUUGGUUGCCGAUGUUCUGUCACAAAAACAAGUUCCAGUCGCUGAGUAAGGUGGGUCAUGUGUCGUGCGCCACGCUGGUGGUGGUGGGCGCGUGCGACGCGCUGGUGCCGCCGCGCAUGGGUCGCGAGCUGCUGCAGCGCUGUGGCGCACCGCUCAAGCGGCUGGCCGUGCUGUCGGGCGGCGGGCACGACGACACGUGGACGCGCCCCGACUACUAUCCAGCGCUGCAGCGCUUCCUGCUGGAUGUACCGCCGCUACCGCGCGACGCGCUGGUGCCCGCGUCCGUGCAUACCGUGUAAGGAGUCGUCCAUUAAUCACGUGACGCUUGAAGGAAUGGGGGGGGGGGGGGGGGUUAGGAAAUCAUUACGAAAUAUCAAGAGAGGGUUAUAUUGUGCUAUGCUAAUAUCACGUGUGUUUAUUUUUCGUUGACCUAACAACCAGCCUGGUGAUGUUUGGCUAGAAAUUUGUAUCGCUAUGUUCAAUUUUGCAAAAUUUAAUCAGAUUAUGGGUAUCUGUAUUUAAAGAUAUAAAUAAAUAAUAAAUAA